AUGUCGGGGGAAGACGAUACCUUUGACAUUGACAUCUAUGGUGACGAUGCCGAGGACUCGAAACCCACCGGAACCACCGAAGACUACGGCGAAGACAAGAUCGACUUUGGCGAAGACGAACCGCUAGACAGUGAGAUUGCAAACGCAAACACACAAGCCGGCGCGGUGAACACCACGGAGCAGUCAGAUAUUAAGCAGGAAUCACAGCCACCGCUAACCCAGCAUGGCACCAAGCGGAAAGCGCCCGACGACGAUGAAGACGUCAAACCAGCACGUCCAGCAUCUUCCACGCCCAUGCAGCAGCAACAACAGCAAUCACACACCUCACCUUCCGCCGAUCGAAAUGCAACAGCAGCCCUCAAACUCGCUGAACUCAACUGGUGGACCACAGAAGAACACUUGCGCGCCUUCUGUGCCUCCGCUGGUGUGGAAGGAAACCUCAAAGAACUCACAUUCGGCGAACACAAAAUCAAUGGCAAAUCCCGAGGUGAAGCAUUCCUCGAAUUCGACUCUCCAUCCGCCUCAGCAGCAGUCAAACAAGCCAUCGAGAAGAGCACGCUAAAAGAAGAUGGCACGAAGAAGCCCAAUUCCGCACAAGUCAUGUACACACCUCCCGGCAACAACCCAUUCAAGGGCAAGGACUCAGGUGCAGUCAGCAAGAAGGAAUACACAUCCACACCGGGCGGUCGAGGAGGCGCGUACAACUCUUUCGGAGCAGGUCGUGGCGGCGGCUUCCAGCGAGGAGGCGGAGGAGGUUUUCAGCGAGGUGGGGGAGGCUUCCAGAACCGCGGUGGCUUUCAAGGCGGCAUGGCACCUCAGGCACAGCAAGGAGGUGGCUACGGCAUGAAUGGAGGUAUGAACGGCGGCAUGAAUCCCGCAAUGGGCAUGAACCCUGGAUUCGCCAACCCAAUGAUGGCAAUGGGCAUGGGCGGUUUCGGAAACAUGCGAGGGGGAAUGGGAAUGGGCGGCGCGGGCAUGCGAGGAAACUUCGCCGGCGGUAUGAACAUGAUGGGUGCAAUGGGCGGUAUGAACGGUAUGGGAGGCAUGAACAACAUGAUGGGCAUGGGCGGGAACCGAGGCGGUAUGAUGGGCGGUGGACGAGGUGGAUGGAAUGGAGGCUUUCAACAGGGUGGUGGUAUGCCGCAGCAGCAGCAGCAGGGAGGUUACGGAGGUGGUGGCUAUGGACAACAACCUGCGAAGCGAAUGAAGCCUGAGUAG